AUGUUCAUCAAAUUCUUGUUUUCGGCUAUUACCUUCACAAUUUUCAGCAGCAUUUUGAUAAAUGCUGUGCCUAUCAACUACAAUGUAAAUCUAUACGAAAAACGUGUAGCUCCAUUUCAAGCUUUGACUGCACUGGGAACUUUGCCCAUGAUUUCUGGAAUGAUACCUUCUGCCGUUGGCGUUAAUAAACGAGCUUUGAAUUUGCCAGUCUUAGCUGCUCUUGGCGCUGGAGCUGGUCACUCAACUGUGCCUGUAAUCGCAACUCUGGCAACCACAACGGAACCAGGUCUUCUAAAUGUCUUACCGUUCGCUGCUUUUCCUGGAGCUAUACAAGGACUUCCUGCUCUUGCUCUUUUAGCACCUGGUGCCAUUUCAAAGUAA